GGGCAUUUUUCCGUUCCCGCGAAUUUGGGUUUUCAGCGGGGUUGCAGGCCACGGCACCUUGUUCUCUUUGAUCCCUCCGUCUCCGCAAGUCUGGUCUCUGGUUUUUGGAUGACCAGACUUCUGUGCGGCUUGGUAGCGGAUGUAUCCCUGACAAGCGAUCGCCUGACUGGUCACCCUCCGGUUGACGGCUAGUCAGCUUAUCGUUCUUGGUUUGGACAGGGCUGUUCCCGGUGUGAUGUUCGCCUGUGCACUGAUUUCCGCGACGCUGGGGGUUUCCGUCAAGUCGGUGAUUCACGGAUGAGGGACCUUGGGACUCACCGCCUCUCGAGCGGCGGCUGCUACGCGACAAGUGACCCUUCAAUUGAGCCUGGUGACUAUGAGACUGAUGCCUUUGGCGAUUCUCCGGUUGUUGGCGGUGAAACGAAUGGUCUUCCGGCUGCCGUUUGCUUGCCUGUUGUUUCACAGAAGGAAGACUCUGUGUCGCUGAGCUUUGAGGCUGAGGACUGGCCGCGGGAUGCGCACCCGAGUUUGGCCCAUUUGACUGGUUGCUCACCAACGAAUUGGGAAUCGUUCUUACUGCGAGGUUGGCGAGGUGUCUCUGAGGCUAAGAAAGCGUCAGUCAGCCUGCGUAACCAUCUAAUCCGUGGCGCAGACCGGCUCGGUCACAAACCUGAUGGAACCUCCACCCAGAGUUGCGUCUCGCGGUCUGGGCCGCCCUGUCUGCGUCUAAUGCGCGUCGAAGCCUUCGAGAAUCAACUGCUGGCUUAGCCCGUCGGGAAGCAUCUUUCUCUGGGCGAGAUGCCUUGGCUAAGUUCUGUUCUCCCU